CAGACAAUAAGGCGUCCCGUCUACGCGUGCUGAGCCUUUGGCCGGCUGUUCCACGUCUCCCCGAGGUGUACGGAACGACCGAACGAUGGCAGUCUCCAACGCGCUCCUACACCAGGAGAAAGAGGAACCUGUGCGCAGGUAUCUGCAUACAUUUGCCAAGUACCAGGGAGUUAAGCACGCCGCGAAUCACCUCGCCAAGCGAGAAACCCCCCUAACGGAAGCCCCUUUGGGGCACUCAAUUACAGGUCAUGGACCCUAACUCUAACUUGACAGUCCAAACCAACCACAAAGAAGAGCAGGAUCUGCAGGACUCACCCGACACUCAGACGCAAUACGUCAAACUGGAGACACCCAUUAAGGUCCACACUAAGGAGUUCUCUCGUCAGGACACGUUCAAUAGUGACGCCGAGUCAGGACCAACAACAGCACCCACGUAUCGUCCUAGUUCAGACACCAGACUCAGCGGAGUGGACAGGAUGGCGCACGAUAUUCAAUUAGGACCCAGAACGAUCACACUGGACGACGCGGAUGAGGUGGAACACAAGGAACAGCAACAGAUGCAGCAGUCCCGGAAGGACACGGACCAGAGCAGCAAGGCUGGAGCCACAGAACACACGAUGCAGAUGAGCUCCAUCGAGAUACGGGACUCGGUUCUACCCAAACUACCCAAGAGAUACCUUAACGGCCAGUUCCAGAGCAAUUCGUAUUUCUCGAGAAGGUUAUGGCGACUUUCACAGCUCAUUGUGCUCGGAGAUAUUGUGGCUCUAGGCUUUUUCUACUGCUACCAGUCCGACGCGGACGAUAUUCGACAUGGCAAGUUGUACGUGGGGUCUCCAUUGAAAGUUCUGGUCUCCAGUAACGAGCCCAGUUGCUCUACGUCGCUGGCAUUGGCUGCGUUAGUGUACCAUUUGUUCCCGGCGGUGUUGAUACUGGGCCUGCCAGCAUCAGGUUUGAGAGUUUUUGAGCCGUUCAGGAGGGAACAUCGCAUCGAUCGAGGUGGGAGACUGCAGAAGGUUAAACGCACGGUCUGUCUGCAGAUUUGUGAGCUCGUAGGAGUGGUGAUCUUUCUGUACGAAGCUCUAAUCCUCGGCUUCUUGGUGUACUACGUUGCAAGCGGGAAGAUCUUCGUGGACUGCGACUCCAACAUCCCUGCCUAUGUGUUCUGCGUCUGCGCUAUCGUCAUGUUCUGGCUGCUGUUCGUGCUUAUGCGAGCUUUUGCUCGCUUCCGUGAACAUUUAAAGAUGCAACUGGGUGCAUUUAAAGAGAGCGAUCAAACUGGAGACGUCAAGGCUCACAUGUUACGCUCCAAGAUGAAACGAAAGAAGCGGCAACAACAGAAGAACGGCAAUGGCAAUGAGACUGCUCCUACUCCAGCCAGAUCAACGAUCGUCAAGGACGUUAGUAAGAGGCUGUUCCGAGGAGCUCAGCUGGGUGAUCUCAAACUUAUUCGACGCUCUAUUCGGAUCGCGAAACUGCAUCUUGGUGAGAGCUUUGCGCGAGAAUUAUACCCGGAUCCUGUUAUGGUGUUUGGCAUCUUUGGACUCGCUAAGAAGAACCCCAUGCACGUGGCUGCGUACCAAGGCAACAUCGCCGCCAUGGACUUGCUGUAUAAGGCGCACUUUCGAGUUAAUGCCUUUGAUAAAGUCUCACGGGUGAGAUUUAGUACAGGCGAUCUCUUCUGGUAUCUCGCGAGCUAUUUCAUCCCCAAGCCGGUAGUCUCAGCCGAUGAAACGUACAGCUCCGUGUUCAAGACGACGCUGGUCACUCCUCUGCAUUGUGCUGUGAGCACUGGGCGUCUGGCUGCUGUGAGAUGGCUCAUUGCACACGGAGCUGACGUGAAUCUGUGUUCCAAGUCGUCGUACCGCUGCGAGAGCCGCCUGCCGCCUAUUUUCCUCGCUGAUCAUCCGGAGAUCGUUCACGUAUUGCUGCGAGCUGGAGCGAAUCAUCUGGCGAUCCCGGAUCCGGGUCACAUGAACACAAUUACUGUGCUACAACUUGCGUAUUUAAGGGGGAACUACGCUGUCGCACAGGUGCUGGAAGACUGGGGAGGAGACGUGGCGCUCACGCCACUGCACGCUGCAGCAGCUAUGGAUGAUGUGGCUACGAUCAGGAGUUUUCUACGUAAGAAGGUGAACCCUGACGUUCUAGGAGAGUUAGGAUAUGUCGGACUGAACAAGCGUACGCCGCUGCAUUGGGCUGCUGUUAAUGGCGCCGUGGGAGCUGUGGAGAUCCUUCUAGCUGCCAAGGCUAAUGCCAAUUUUCAAGAUGCUCAUGGACGGACAGCUUUGCAUUGGGCUGCUCGAGUGAAUCGCGUGGAUAUUGUACGCGUACUAUUAGCGCAUGGUGCAGACCCGACGAUCGUGGAUGAUGGUGAUAUGACUCCCAUUAUGUGCGCUGCUUGUGCGGGAGGUACAAGUGUGGACAUGUUCAAGGCGCUGGUGGCUAGUGGCGGCGACAUUAACCACCAACUUCGACUGACUGGAGAUACAGCUCUGCACCUGGCAGUCAAACUGGACGAUCAGCAGACAGCUUUGGCCUUGCUGAGUAUGGGAGGAGACAUUAUGCGGACAAACCACGACGGCUUCAGGCCUAUUGACUGCACAACGUCCACCAGACUGCAGUUCGAGAUAAAACGCGCAGCAGGAACUCGCGAUGUGAUGAUCAGUUAUACCCACUCACACAUGGAGUUUGCAUUAAAGCUUCGUAAGUCUCUGGAAGACGCUAACAUCACAGUCUGGCUCGAUCUCAUGGACCCUAGUGGUAUUGGUGGUGGGUCUGUGUGGCGAGAAGAGAUCGCACGUGGUAUCACGAACGCUGCAGUGGUUCUCUGUAUUCUAACAGAGGAUUAUGCACAGUCGGAGUGGUGUUUGAAGGAGCUGGCAUUGGCCAAACAAGUGGGCACGCCUAUUAUGGCUAUAUCUACUGAACACGCCAAGAUCUCGGAAGAGCUUCAGGUGUAUUUGUAUACGCGACAGCUUGUCCCGUUCGAGAGUGCCAUUGUGAAGGUGGAGCACGUGAAUGAGAAGGAAACCAGGUAUAAAUACGACGAGGACGCAUACAAGAACCAAUUACGGAUGCUGCUCGAUGGAAUGCGAGACGAGAUCGAGAAGCGCAAGGAGGACAACAUCAAGCGCAACAUGCGUCGUGCGGAGACAAAUCCGAUGACAGGAUCGGGCCACGGAGCGAGCGGCAUGCGCAGUCGCCGUCUCAACCACGCGGCCUCAGGUAUGAGCUCCAACAACACGUACGGCAUGGACUCCAUGAAGUUUGAUGAGCGAACGCUGGCCCUAUCAGCGUUUGAUACACCGAACUACUACUCUUCAGACUCGCACGGCUCGUCAAUUCACGAGCUUGGCGAUGAUUCCUCUAUGCCUGUUAUGAUCGGCAAUAGUCGUCGUCGCGGAGCACCGGGUUCUUCUCGAUCUAUCGGGUCUAACGGUGUCUUCUCUGCUAGCCAGCGAGGAAUGAGACUCAACUACGACUACAACGGCACAAAUCUGAGUAUUUUGAGCAGCACGAGCUCGAAUAGCUUCGUGGACGACUGUGGCGUGUCUGAUAGUAUUGUGCUUGAUACUGGAGGGUACUAUUUCCACCGAGCUACCAGCAAGGAGAAGCGAGGAGGACGGACCAAUGCUAUCGCGGAGAGAGACUCGAACGGAGUCGAGGAGCCCAUUACAAGCGACAGUAUAGUCGAAGAUCUGCAGGAACUGAACACGGCUACUGCUAGUGGCGAACAGUUUGUGUUCAUCAGCCACGGUGACCACCACCAGCGAUUCGUACGGAAGUUGUGUGUUGAAAUGUGCCGUGAGGGAGGACUGAGAUGUUACGUGGACCGGAAGCACAUGGUGAAGCUGUCCACGACGAUAGAAGAGGACAAGGAGGAGGAGCUGGACAAGUCCAAGACUAAACAUCCCAUGCUCUCAAGGAACGAAGACAUGUCGGUGCGUAUCCAUGAAGCCAAGGAGGCGAUUCUCAAGUGUUCGGCGUUUGUCGUGCUCAUCUCGGAGAAGACUUUGGCCAGUGAACUAGUGAAGGACCAGCUCGCGUUUGCAGAAGACAAAGGUAAGAAGAUCUUGCCGGUAGUGGUGAACCGCAUGGACUUCACUCUCGACAUCAAGUACAGUCUGGCACGUAGCGAGUUCUUCCACUUCUUCACCAAGGGCGACAUGAUGGGCUUCCGUCAGUCGCUUCGACAUCUCCUAGACGCGCUACGUGAAGAAGUCUACGGUAUCAGCAUCGGUGGUCCACUUCCCAGUUUUAACUCCGGUGGUCAAUUACCCAGCUUCAACGGAAGCAGUCUUGGUAAUGGGAGCGAUGUCCAGCUUCGUGGUGGAUUUGCAGACUUACGAGACAGCUUCAUGUCGGCUGGAGGCUCCUACAAUCCGUCAUUCCAAGGCCCAGUUACUGAGGGAAGCAUGCGUAGACGGCGUCCAAACUCUCACAGUCUUUUUGCCAGCUCUCGGAGUGACACGUCCAACUUCGGGCUGCCUCCUACUCGACUCUCACAGACUUUCGCUGAGACUACGGGGACUACACGCAGUGUGACGUCGGAUAUGAGUCUCUCCCAGUCCAUGAUCGGCAACUUCUCGACUCUAGUUGGACGGAUCACGGACGACCUCGAUGAGGAAGACGAACACAUUUCGUACGCUGGAAUCCAGGACGACGACUUUGAUUCGGACGAAGAGGUGGAAGUGGGGGAGAAUGGUAAAGUGCAAAGGGUGCAGGAGGAAGCCCCGUCGUUCUCGAGAGCGAUGCAGCAACAUCCUGCACUGGGCGCUCUCUCCAGUGACGGCAGCUUCGACACUCGCCAACGAGGGUCCAACUCGUCCAUCAGUAUGCUGGAGCUCACGGAAUCUAGCGACCCUAUCAACAUCAGCUUCGAUGCCAUGCUGGGCGACAAAACACCAAAGAAGUAAGUAAGUAUUACCCUUUUUCCAGACAAAAUGUUCCAAGACGAAACAAGUGCUUGUUGUAGUGCGCUCGCUUUAUUAUUAUGUAGAAGUAAGCAGCGAGUUAAUCUCGCCAUCUACACACAAUUUCGCGCGGUGGUGUUAUAAUACAACUAAUAGCAUCAUUAGCGUAAACUCUUGUGUAGCUUUGCAUACCGAAUUUGCAUACAUGGCAUUACUGUUGAAAAAAAAAAAAAUGCUGCAAGUGGAAACUGAAAUCUGAC